AUGGUUAUAUUUUUAGAGGUUUUGUAUCGUGAAAAGUUUGUAGCUGCAUGGACUUACAAGACACUUAACUUUCACCAGACUACAACCAACAGAGUCGAGUCCAUGCAUGCAUUGGUAAAAGGUCACUUUUCAAGUCAUCGCAACUUGCUGGUUAAACUUAUGGGGAUUGUUGAACAUAUCGUUGAGCAACAACAUACAGAGAUUAGAAAAAGAUUUGAAACAAGCCUUAGAAAAGUAAUGAACCACCACAAGGCUCACACCAUACUUGAAAAUGUACUUCGAAAGGUUUCAAUAUAUGCUAUUGAGCUUAUGGCUUUUGAGCUACGACGUAAGGAAGACGGGUUGAGAGCCUACGGUUCGACUUGCGGUUGCCAGUUUUGGACCAGUUGUGGUUUGCCAUGUGCUUGUCGUCUGGAAAAGGGGCAAAUCAAUGUAGAUUCGAUAGACGUGUUCUGGAAGAAGCUUGACUUCGAGUCGACAAGGAGAGGGAUUGAAGAUAUUGAUGUAGACGCAGAAUUUGAAAAACUCAAACAAAAAAUCAAUCCAACACCUCCUCAGGUGAAAAGGAGCUACCUGGAAAAAUUUAAAGAAAUCGUCAUGCCAGGCAAGAAUACCAAAAAACCUCAUGUUGUUCAAAUGAACACCCGUGGUCGUCCAACAUUAAAGACGCAAGAACAAAGGAAGGCAGAAGCUACAAGAAAAAGCUCGUACAUACCGUCCGAAGAAAGUUGGUUCGCCGGCUCGUACGGUCUUCCUCGUCACGGCGCGUACGCAUCAUCCUCUUCACAGAAAAAACAACAACCGAUUGACCUUCACCCCAAUUUCCCAAAUAUCAUGUUGGGACCUAAGUCAGAAAUAGCUAUCGGGAACUAUGGAUCUCAAAUUCCAAAAGUGUUUCACCCACACAUCUCGAAUAUAAAGGAUGUGAAACCAGAUGGUCACUGUGGGUUUCGAUCGGUAGCUGUAGUGUUAGGACAGAAACAAGGAAAAUAUAUGAGUAUCCGACGACAACUUUUGUUGGAGAUGCGUCUGAACGAGGGUAUUUGGAGGCAAGUCUUCAAUCCUGAAAAUGUAGGACAUUAUAAUGAGCUGUACAACAUGAUAUAUUUUGAGGGAGUGGGUAGUGCAAGGCCUGAACAUUAUAUACGGAUGCUUGAGACGAGAUUUCUUAUUGCUCAAAGAUAUGGUGUGAUUGUUCACACAUUGGACAUUCGUGGCAGCGACACAGUUUUCCCUCUGUUGGGCGGUCCAGAGGACACUGAGGAGCCUCAUCAAGUGGUUGCGGUUGUGUUCGUCGACGGUGGACAUUUCAUCCAUGUAAUACUUGAAGGUUCCUACCCAAUGCCUCCCACAGACUUAAUUUGGAAUUCGAAUAGAACUGAGAGGGCAGCAGCAUGGUAUGACAGAUACAAGGAUCAAAUCGACGCAUAUGAAAGGCUAAUGUACCCACCCGUUGUACGUAAAUUUUCCCAGAUGUUAAACAUAUAG